UUUAAAAGUUAAUUUAUAUAAAACAUGUCACAUCCAGAUAUUACUGAUAAAAUGUUAAUUAGUUUUGAUGAUUGUAAUUUAAAAAAAGAUGAUCAAAGUAUAAUUCGUUGUAUAUUUUUUUCUGAAUUUCAUCAUAUUGCUGGACCAAAAAUUACCUGUCAAGUUCCAGACAAUUUUGUGUCAAAAGAUAUAUUUGACAAUGUCAGUGUUUACAUUAUACCAAAAGCACAAUUACAAAGAAGCAUCAUAACAGUAACAUUAAAAGAUUAUAAAAUUCUUGGUUUUCCAGUUAUAAUUGAUGAUAAUAAAUAUGCUAGAAAUGCAUUUUAUUUUAAUUUAUGUUUUGUUUGUGAUGCUGGAGCAAGAACUGUUCAUUAUGAAUCUGUUGUACAAAAAAUGACUGAUUUUUUGAUGGGAUUAGAAAUGGAAAAUAAAUUUUUAUCAAAUUGUACUGAUGAUAAAAAACGUUUGAGUGAAAUGUUAAAACAAAUAAUGAAUGAUUUAAAUUCUCACAAAAUGAGUAUUGUUACUGAAGGCACAAUGACAACACAUUUAAAAGUCAUAAGAUUAGCACAAGAACCACGUUUAGUUGUUGAUCAUCAAGUACCAAUUUUUUUAGAAGAUAAAGAAAAUUAUAAAACUUAUCAAUGGGAUUUAACAACUUUAAAUAUACUUGAAUAUAUUAAUGGAUAUAAUCAUAUAUCAAAAAUAUCAGUAUUAUCUGGUGUUGAUAAUGCACUUGUUAAAAAUGCCAUACAAAAUUUAAUUUAUUAUGGUAUUGUUAAAAUAAUACCAAUAUUUCAAUACAGUCAUUUUUAUGCAACAACACCAAUGCUAAAAGAAUUUGCUAAAAAUGAAUAUUUACAAGAUAAAUGCAUUGAUUAUUCAUCUGAAUCAAGUGAUUCACCAGCAUUAUUUCGUGAUUGUUAUCGUUUUUAUGCAAGUAUGAAACAUGGUACAAGUAUUGCUGCACUUUGUGAAAGAUUAGAUCCUGAAUUAUUAGGUAUUGAUGAAAGAAGACUUGUACAAUUUGGUCUUAUUGCUGGUAUUAUAAGACGUGUUUAUAAGUUUCCAAUUUAUAUUAAAGGAACUAAUUCAGAUAAUGAAGAUGAUAAUGAAAUACAAAAAGAUGCAAUUUAUAAAUAUUUUAAUGGUAAAUAUAGUCUUGAUCAAAUAUGUUGUUUAACUGGACAAUCAACAGAAAAUAUUGAAAAAAUUAUUGAAGCUGAUACAGAUAUUACUAUG